AUGGCACCAUAUGAGGCUUUGUUUGGAAGACCAUGUCAAUCGCCUGUGUGUUGGACCGAACUGGGAGAGGCUACAUUUGUAGGACUGGAGAUGAUUAAGAAAACCUCCAAGAGCAUGAAAGCAAUACGCCAACGCCUUAAGGAAGCUCAAGAGAGAACAACCAAACAAGUUAAUGUGAUACGCCAAAGAUUGUUGACCGCGCAAAGUAGGCAAAAGAAUUAUGCCGAUCGUCGUUGUCGCCCGUUGUCGUUUGAAGAAGGGGAUCAUGUAUUCCUUAAAGUAUCGCUGCGUAGAGGUUUGUCUCAUUUUGGGAGAAAGGGAAAGCUAUCGCCACGUUAUAUCCGGCCGUUCGACAUAAUGGAGAAAAUUGGGGAGGUUGCGUAUCGUUUGGCUUUGCUACCGAGGUUAUCGGGUAUACAUGACGUGUUUCACGUAUCUAUGUUAAGGAAAUACGAACCGGAUCCAUUGCAUGUAUUAGAGUGGUCCGAACUCGAGUUAGAGGUCGAUGAGUCUUAUGGGGAAGAACCAAUAUGUAUCCUAGAUUCAUGCGAUCAAGUGCUGAGGGGUAAGACGAUACUGUUGGUGCGAGUCUUGUUGAGAAGUCAGGGUAGCGAGGAGUCGACUUGGGAAUGA